UAUAAAUGACAUUCUUCAUUUUAUGCAAACAAUCGCAUUCUCUUUUCCGCCGCAAUGAACUUCUUCAAAACCGUCUUCUCCGACGAACCGGACUCGCCGCCGCACGAUUCCGAUCACCCCGAUCCAGACCACGACACACCCACUGAAACCAACGCUUGGAGCUUCGGCGGCCUGAUCCAAACCCUCGCGUCCAAAUCCGAAUCCGUCCUCGAAAACUACCGCCGCGAUCUCGAAGAUUUCAGCUCCGGCUUGAGGAUAGAGACAUCUGUGAUCCGAGAAGCCGCCUCACGCGCUGUCAAAGACCUCCCUGCCUCCCUCGAUGCCGGUGCGUCGGUGGCUCAGGAGUCGCUCGAGACCGUUGGCCAAGCCAUCGACGACAUCGGCAGCACCGUUUGGAAAUCGACGGCGCAGAUUAUAUCUCACGGUAGGGAAUCUCUCUUAGCACCUGAUUCUGAUUCUGAUUCUGAUUCUUAUGAUUCAAGCAAUAACGGUAAAAAGAAUCAAUUGAGUCGUAGUAGUAGUAGUGGUCAGGGUUUGGAUUUGAAACGGUAUAGUAGAUUUGAUACUUUGAUGCGUGCUCUUCAGAAUGAUGUCAAUACCUAUUUAGAUGAACCUGAAGAUUUGGAGAAUUUCAAUGACUGGAAAUUAGGGUUUGAGUUGGAUGAUAAAGAGGAGGAGAUUGAGAAUUUGAUUGACAGUGUUGUUGAGGAGAUUUAUCUGAAGAUUGUACCCAGUAAAAUUGAUCAUGAGAGUUUCUGGAGUAGGUAUUUUUAUAAGCUACAUAGACUUAAACAAGCUGAAGAUGCAAGGGCUAAGCUUGUGAAGCGUGCUAUUUCCGGCGAUGAAGAGGAGGAUUUGAGCUGGGAUUUUGAUGAUGACGAUGACAAUGAUGAUGAGUAUGAGCCCAAAGGUAGUACAAGUGGAGUUUCUGAAUUGAAGAAGGAUACAAAUUCUGCUGAGGUUUCCACAGGUGAUGUAAAUGUUGAGACAGUUAAGGAUUUGAAGAUAGACUCGAUAGAAACUGAUGAGAAGGGUGUUGUUGCUCCUGAAUCAAUAACUGAUGAGAAGGGUAUUGUUGCUCCUGAAUCAAUAACUGAUGUGGCAUCUAAUGUAGGUGAUAAGUUGGAGGAGGUGAAUUAUAAUGACAAUGUGGCAUCUAAUGUUGCUGUAACUGUGAGUUAUCAAGGGGAUAAAUUGGAUGUAAAAAAUGAGGCAUCAAAAGCUAAUACAGAUAAUGAUAGCAGUGAAUCGUCCAAAGAUAGUGAUAUUUCGGUUGUUUCAAGCCAGCCUUCUAUGCCUGAGGAAGAAGACAUUAGCUGGGAUGAAAUUGAAGAUGUUGAAAGCAAUGAUGAAAAUAGAGGGGAUGCUGGUGGGUCCGAAAGUAGGGUUGAUUUGCGGAAGAGGUUGAGUGCGGCAACUGCUGACCCAGAUGAGGAUCUCAGUUGGGAUAUUGAAGAUGAUGAUGAGGCUGUCAAAUCGUGACCAAAUUGUGGGUUCAGGAUCAUUAGUGCUUAAUUCAAUUUAUAAACACAAAUUGCUUAUUAAGUGUAUAAUUCUUUCCUUGUAACUGAAUGAUGUAAAUAAGCGUUGUUUUUUAUGUUUUAUACAAGCUCAAGGGACUAGGUGAACACCAGUUGAAAUAAAGCUCAAUUUAUAAAGAUCUUGUGAACCUUCAUCAUCUUUGAGGAAGGUUUUUGCACCAUGUUAUGUGGCUUCUUUUUGCGAGAAGGAAUGUUAUGUUUUUUUGCAGUCCUUUCAUUUUGAGGAUUGCAUAAUCACGUCA